AUUCCACGGUUGCUACUCGGUCGCGAGGGGCGGGGCGCCUGUCAGGGAAGCGGCGCGCUCGGCGGCGGGGGCGGGCUGAGGCUCCGCCGCGCAGUGCCAGCGCCAGCGCCAGCGCCAGCACUAGACCCGCGCCCCACGCUCUCCGGCCCGCCGCCUGCGUUCUGGCUCGCGAGCCCGCACUCCCGCCCUGUCCGUGCGCUGCCCGAGUAUGGAGCUGCUGUGCUGCGAGGGCACCCGGCACGCGCCCCGGGCCGGGCCGGACCCGCGGCUGCUGGGGGACCAGCGUGUCCUGCAGAGCUUGCUCCGCCUGGAAGAGCGCUACGUGCCCCGCGCCUCUUACUUCCAGUGUGUGCAGAGGGAGAUCAAGCCGCACAUGCGGAAGAUGCUGGCGUACUGGAUGCUGGAGGUGUGUGAGGAGCAGCGCUGUGAGGAGGAAGUCUUCCCCCUGGCCAUGAACUACCUGGAUCGCUACCUGUCCUGCGUCCCCACCCGCAAGGCGCAGUUGCAGCUCCUGGGUGCGGUCUGCAUGCUGCUGGCCUCCAAGCUGCGCGAGACUACGCCCCUGACCAUCGAAAAACUGUGCAUCUACACCGACCACUCUGUCUCUCCCCGCCAGCUGCGGGACUGGGAGGUGCUCGUCCUGGGGAAGCUCAAGUGGGACCUGGCCGCCGUGAUUGCCCAUGAUUUCCUGGCCCUGAUUCUGCACCGGCUCUCUCUGCCCCGUGACCGGCAGGCCUUGGUCAAGAAGCACGCCCAGACUUUUUUGGCCCUCUGUGCUACAGAUUACACCUUUGCCAUGUACCCGCCAUCCAUGAUUGCCACGGGAAGCAUUGGAGCUGCAGUGCAAGGCCUGGGUGCCUGCUCCACAUCUGGGGAUGAGCUCACAGAGCUGCUGGCAGGGAUCACAGGCACUGAAGUGGACUGCCUGCGGGCCUGUCAGGAGCAGAUUGAAGCUGCCCUCAGGGAGAGCCUCAGGGAAGCUGCCCAGACCUCCCCCAGCCCAGCGCCCAAAGCCCCCAGGGGCUCCAGCAGCCAGGGGCCCAGCCAGACCAGCACUCCCACAGAUGUCACAGCCAUCCACCUGUAGCCCUGGCAAGGCCCCCUCGAGUGGCCACCAACAGCAGAGGAGGGGACACUGCCACCCCCCUCCCUGCCUGCAGGAACGAACCAUGCCACAGCUGAAGCCCGAGGGGGCUCCUUCCUACUUGCCUGUCGCAAGCCGAAGGGGUCGGGUCCUACCUGUCCCUGCAGUGUGCACUAAGGGGCCUGGCCAGCUGCGGCGGGUGGCCAGUCAGGCUCCUCGUCCUCCCUGCAUCUGACCAGCUCAGCCCCAUCCCAGUCCUAGCUGGGGGCGGGCCAGGCUGGCCAGAGAUGAAAUUGAAGUCUGUAGAAUACACGUGCCAGCAUUCCUUUUGGGGGCCCCCUUAUCUCUGGGGGCUCUCGUGUUCUCAACUGCCAAAGUUGAACCCAGGCCCUCGGCAGUGAAGGGGCGGAGUCCUAACCACUGGACUGCCAGGGAAUUCCCUAGUUACUGCAUUUGGAUUGGGGUCUUUCUGAAGAACCCUCACAUGUUCUAGACACAUGUGAGAAGAAAGAGUGGACAUCUCCUCUCAAUGCACUUGGAGGCCCCUGCAUAAUCCAUGCUCUCAGCUGCUCCUAGAGGGAGGGGCCCUGGCCUCUGUUGGAGGGGCAGGAACCAACCUCCUCGCUUUGCUUUCCGCUCAGCUUCUGUGUGAUUGGGGGGGUGGAGGGGCAGUGCUGAGGGAAGAGGUUGUUUUAAUUUAUUAAUUGCUUUGAGUACAGCUGUAAGAGGGUGUGGUGGGGCCCAUCUACCCCGAGUGGUGGUGACCCUGGUGGUUGCUGCAUUCUUCCCCUAUCCUACCGCUAGAGGAUCUUCAUGGCCAGAUCUUCAUGGCUGAGGAGCUGCUACAGCCUGGGGUGGGGCCACACCCUCCCCUCCCUCUGGCCCUCUGCUCCAUCCUGCAAGGCUGGGGGAUGAGGUAGCGAUGACCUGGAGGUGACCGAGCCCCCUGUCUGGAGAGCGAGGCAGGCCCUGUUGACACAGGUCUUUCCCGAGGCCACAAGGUCCAGGCUGGCGGCCCAGGACCAUCAUGCUACCUUAAUAAAGAUUCUGAAAUAAAA